AUGUCAGAGGAUCUAGCAAAGCAGCUAGCUAGCUACAAAGCUCAACUCCAACAAGUUGAAGCUGCAUUAUCUGGAAAUGGAGAAAAUGAAGAUUUGCUAAAAUUGAAAAAGGAUUUACAAGAAGUUAUAGAACUAACCAAAGACCUUCUUUCAACUCAACCUUCUGAAACUCUUGCAAGUUCAGACAGUUUUGCUUCUACACAGCCCACUCAUUCAUGGAAAGUAGGAGACAAGUGUAUGGCAAUCUGGAGUGAAGAUGGACAGUGUUAUGAAGCGGAGAUUGAGGAGAUAGAUGAAGAAAAUGGCACCGCUGCGAUCACCUUUGCUGGCUACGGCAAUGCCGAAGUGACUCCACUGUUGAACCUCAAGCCUGUGGAAGAAGGAAGGAAGGCAAAGGAGGACAGUGGCAACAAACCCAUGUCAAAAAAAGAAAUGCUUGCCCAGCAGCGUGAAUAUAAAAAAAAGAAAGCUUUGAAAAAAGCACAGAGAAUAAAAGAACUUGAGCAGGAAAGAGAGGACCAGAAGGUGAAAUGGCAACAAUUCAACAACAGAGCCUAUUCUAAAAACAAAAAAGGCCAGGUAAAGAGGAGUAUUUUUGCUUCACCUGAGAGUGUAACUGGCAAAGUUGGAGUAGGAACUUGUGGAAUUGCAGAUAAACCUAUGACCCAGUAUCAGGAUACCUCUAAAUACAACGUCAGGCAUUUGAUGCCUCAAUAAUCAGAAAAACUGUUGGAUUUCAUCUCUGUAGGGCUUUACAUUUACCUUUUUAUCCUUAUAUUUUUCUAAAGGUAAAUUAUUUGUUAGAUGAGUAAGGAAGAAAUCCAUUGUCAUCACUGACUUCAAUAGAAUGAAACUUGAAGAAAAUGCAGCAUUUGAUAACAGCUACUCAUUUAACUUUUUCAUUACUGCUACCACAGUUCCCUUAAAGUUUGUUGAAUAAAGCAACUUUUCUAGAUAGACGCUGCUUAAAUACAGCACCUAGAUGAAUUGUUGAUCUUCCUAAUGUCAGAUCCCCAUUCAACCAGUGGUAUAUACUUUUUGUAAGGUCAUAACUUGGACUUUUCACAUGCUUUGAACUGGUCACAUUCUAGCCAUUCAUUGGAACUUGAAGGCAAAAUCACCAACCUGCUAAAGAGAUCUUUUUGUUUUGUUUUACCUUAAACCUACCUGUUGUCCAGUUAAGCCUAAAUAUAGGUUAAUUUGUAAAUGGCAACGUUUGACAUUUUCCUUCAGUAACGUAUUUCCUAAGCCAUCUCUAAAGUUAAUUCAGUUUUUUCUAAGUUUUAUGUAAGAAACCAUGUUUAGGACCAUCUACCUUUGAUAAGGUUUUUGUUUUUGUUUUGUACAUUUGCUUUUUUUGCUGUGUUGAUUUUUCACUUAUGGUAGUGGUACCAUACUGGAUGUGUAAUGUUUAUAUGGGAAAACUAAAAGCUAAUGUAUAGCCCUGUAUACAGUGUAGAUACUAUUUUUGUAAAAAACAAAAAAAAAAAAAAACAAGGCUAAAUUAAUGAACAAGAGUACUGAAUGUUUUCAUCAUUAAAAAUCUACUGUAUUUCUUGUGCAUUAAUAUGACCAUAAUUUCCCUGUAUAUUAUGUUCAUGUAGCUGAGUUUGUAAUUUCUGUUAACUAGAUCAGAUCAGGUUGUCAGCAUUUGUUGGUAUAAGUGAACAUCACAGUUACCCUGAGUUGAGUUUAAGCCAAAUACAUGCAUAGAAAAGGGUCUCCCUAUUAAUGGAAGAUGAUUUUUAGAAUGUGUGUUAAUUUGUUUUGUAUGUUUAACUUUUAUUAAAGUGCUUUUAAAAUCUCCA